AUGGACCUUUGGGUAAGAAACUUUCUUAAAAUCAAACAAGAUCAUACAGAUCCGUCUGAUUACGAAAAGUUCUUCACUUGCUUUAUAGACUAUCUAGCAAGAUGUCCUUCCUCCCAUUGUGAGGUGUCGAAAAUACUCGUGAAGGCGCUGGAUACAUUCAAGAACGUACACCUGAUUUCCAUAGCGUAUCGUCUUCUUUAUUGUGUUGACGUAGAGCUUCAAAUACCCGAAUCUACUUUGAAAAAACACUUUAGAAGCCCAUACUUAAGGGAAUACAUGUUCCCAUUACUGCCUAGGAUAUCUCCAGGCUUAUUUGAUUCUACUUUGUUGAAACUACUGCGCAAUCCUCAUUACGAAUGCAAAAACUUCUUUAAUCUGAUGAAGUCCAAGAGGGACUGGGUGGUAGAGUUUCUAGGAUUGAAGAGGGGGCACCUUGCUAGAAAGCAAAUGAUGCUUAUGGUUCAUACGUCAAUAUUCCAUAACAUGGGUUACUUCAUAACCUUCUUCGGGCACAGAGAUAGAAGCUUGUCAUUUCUAGCAUUUGAAGCAUUUAAGCUUUUUGUAGAAGGACUCGUAAGGGAAAGAAGAGGCAAUGGCUCGGAAGGAGAAGCAGUCCCAAUUCUCUUGCACAAGGAAGCCACAUUCAGCAUAUGGUGGAACUAUGAGAAUGCUUGGAUUUCUCCGGAGGCACGUAUUCGGGUUGAAAGCCCUACUAAUUUCCUUAUUCAUUUCAUGGAUUUCAUAUCUGAAAAGGAGAAGCUUCAGAGACACAUUUCUACCAACGAUAAGAAUGGGGUAGAAGCCAUACUUAAGAAAUAUAUAGAUUUGGGAAUACCGUUAAGCAUUCCCGAUUCUAGAUGGACCUCUGAAGCAUCUCGGUGCCCUGAGACUCCCAAAAGAGAAUGUGUGGAAGAUAUAUGCUUUGAAUACCUUUUUAAUGGAAAAACAUAUAAGGAAAUAAUGGACUGCAUUGAAAUAUAA